ACGCUAACACUGCCGAGUCCUGGCUUUAGGAACAGCUGCCUUGCGGAAGCUGCGGCGGCGUGCACGUCCAUGUGUCGGCAAGUGCCUGCAGCCGCCGAGGAGCUGCCUGGCCCAGCAGAGCCCAUUUGUCURCCGGUGCCUUGGAGAAAACCGCUGUCCCGCUGAAGGGCUGCUGGCAGAAGCACCAUGUCCAAGGAUGAGGGUGCAAAGAAGCCUGCGGAAGAGGCAGCGCCGGAGCAGCGCUGGAAGCUCCAGGUCUUCUAUCUGUGCUUCUAUGGGUUCAUGACGCAGAUUCGGCCUGGAGAAAGUUUCAUCACUCCCUACCUGCUGGGCCCUGACAAGAACUUCACAGAGGUGGAGGUGACCAACGUGAUCACGCCGGUGCUGACGUACUCCUACACGGCCGUGCUGGUGCCCAUCUUCCUGCUGACGGACUAUCUGCGCUACAAGCCCGUGCUGCUGCUACAGAGCCUAAGCCACAUCUCCAUCUGGCUGCUCCUCAUUCUGGGCGUCUCUGUCCUGGCCAUGCAGUUCAUGGAGUUCUUCUACGGCGUCACCAUGGCUGCCCGCAUCGCUUACUCCUCCUACAUCUUCUCCCUCGUCACGCCGGCUCGCUACCAGCGCAUGGCCAGCUACUCCCGCUCCUCUGUUCUCAUGGGUGUCUUUACCAGCUCAGUGCUGGGGCAGCUCUGUGUCACGCUGGGUGACGUCUCCUUCCUCACGCUCAACUAUAUCUCCCUAGGCUUCAUGAGCUUUGGCCUAAUCCUCACGCUCUUCCUGGAGCGGCCCAAGCGCAGUCUGUUCUUCAACCGGGCAGAUGCAGCUUGCAAUGGAGCUGCACCAACAGAGCUGGACAAGAUGGCUCAGGAGAGUGGUGAGGGGAGGUGGCGCUGGCACGAUGUGCUCCUGUGCCGCAUGCUGCGGGAGGUGGGCUUGGUGGCCAAGCAGCCGCAGCUCCGGCUCUGGUCCCUUUGGUGGAUCUUCAACUCAGCUGGCUACUACUUGAUACUGUACUAUGUGCAGAUCCUCUGGAACGAGAUCUACCCUGCCAGGGACAACCGCAGGGUCUACAAUGGAGGGGUGGACGCCGCCUCCACGUUGCUGGGAGCAAUCGCCUCCUUCGCAGCUGGCUACCUGAAGAUUCGCUGGACGCUGUGGUCGGAGCUGGUGAUUGGGGCUGUGACAGCCUUCCAGGCAGGUCUGCUCUUGCUCAUGAACACUACCAGCACCAUCUGGCUGUGCUACGCUGCCUACGUGUUUUUCCGGGGAUCGUACCAGUUCCUGGUGCCCAUCGCCAUUUUCCGGAUUGCUACCUCCCUUUCCAAAGAGCUUUGUGCCCUGGUUUUUGGGGUCAACACCUUCUUCGCCACUAUCCUGAAGACCAUCAUCACCAUUAUCGUGGCUGACAAGAGGGGCUUGGGCCUCUCUGUGCAUCCUCAGUUUUACGUGUACUUCGGCUACUUCGCRCUGCUGGCCGUGGCCUACCUGCUGGGAGCCAUCAGCACGGGCAUCCAGCACCGCCGCCAGAAGCAGCCYGCGGAGCUGGCCUUCACCAAGGAGCUGCCGCAGCCGCCCGCGGACGGGCCGGAGAAGGAGAGGAGCUCCGAGGCAGGAACCGUGCAAGGCUGAACGCUAGCCCCGCGUCCCCACGGUGCCUGGCCGGCCGUGGUGCGCAGGACGGCUGCACAGCGUGGUGAUUCCCUCAGAGGAGCAAUAGGCCCCAGGCCCUGUUGCUAACCCAGCCCCGCUCACCAGCAGGGCUCAGAGCCCAUGGCUGGUUCCUUGCCCCUCCAUGGGGGCUCACUGUCCCACAAAGUGGGUCACGGCUCUCAAUAAAUGACUAUCACUACUCCAUGAUGUGCUUCAUCUCCCAUCUGUCCAACCCACCAGCAGCCCCAUCACUGUCCUGUGGAGAAGAUACCUGCUGUGAUCUCCUGCACCCAUCUCUCCAUCAAUGCUUGGAAAGAGUCCCCAUCCAGCACAGAUUUGGGGUCUCCUAGGAGGUGGGUGGACCUGACAGUACAAAUCUAACACAGAGUCACCAACCUGCACCAGGGCUUGUUCCUUUGCUCCCUUCUUGGACCUGGACACAUUAAAUACAAGCAAGGCAGAGACAGAAUGCCCAAGGCAGCAUCAAAACUGAAACCAGAGCUAAUUCCAGG